AAAAAAAAAGAGUUGAAAACCGUUGGAAAAAAGAAAAGAGGAAAAGAUUAAACUAAACCGAAUAUUUCGGUUCUAAUGGACACAGGCCUGAAAUUAAUCAUAGGCCCAAUGAUCCAUAACUGAAUAUUGCUUUCCAGAGUACUCAUUAUUGAUAGAAGGUAUAUACUAUAUACUAACUACUGAUCCUUCCUACAGUCGAUGUGGGACUCUUUGGUUUUCAACAUGAAGGAAACGUGAGUUAUGUCGGUGUUGAUCUCUUAUUUUUUAUGUUAGCCCAAUAAUAAAGCCCAUUAUUUGAAAUUUCUUUUAAAAAAACCACACACCCAUGCAUAGUUAGUUACUUCCCGCCAACGCAAACUGGGACAGUUAAAACCGUUGAAAGUAACAAAAGACAAACCCAGGACUCAGUUUUUGAGUUUCCUGAAGAUGGAAGUCACGAAUAUAUUCUUGUAGGCCUCUUCAAAAAAAGAAAAAUGUGGACUAGAUAGAGACUUUAACAAAAACUAAAAACAGAUGCAUUAAAAGAAGCACAACACAAAAAGAUGGAGCUUGAAUUAGGUCUAAAGAUCACUCGAACUAAAGACGAUGUUUCUUCCUCUACAGAUUUUAGGGUUACCAGUGAUUCUUUUGGUCAGCUAUCUCUUUCUCGAGAAACCAACUCUGUGUUUUUCCUCAUUCUUCAUCUCAAAGGAUUUAAGAAGGAAGGUAUCGAUAUCGAGAUAAACAAAGAAGGGAAUCGGAUUAAGAUCAGCGGAAGCAAAAAGGUAGAAGAGAUGGUUUUGGUAAAGUGGGUGGAGUGGAAAAAGGCAACAGAAAUCAAGGAAUUCAAGAAAGUGUUUCGGAUUCCAGAAAUUGUUAAUCUUGACAAGAUCAAAGCGAGGUUUAAUGAAGAAGAUGGGACUUUAACGGUUACAAUGCGUAAGAAGGUUAAGGGGAUUACCGGUUUAAAGAUCAAGGAAGAAGAGGAAGUAAAAGAUGCAGUAGUGGAAGAGAAAACAGAGGAAAAAACAGAACCAGAAGAAGAAAUCAAAGAAGAGCCAAAACCUGAGGAAGAAGAAGAAGAACAGGAAGAAGCAGAAGAGCCACAGAGAGAAGAGGAAGAAGACAAGAUUGGAGAAGAGGUUGUUGAGGAAGAAACAAGGGAUCAUGAGGAAAAGAAAGAAGAAGAAAUUGAAGAUAAACCAAGAAAGAAGAGAAGAAAAAAGUUCCGUUUACCGUGUUUUGCAGGAUCCACUCUGCUUAUGUCUAUUAUUGUUUUCAUCAUUCAAUUGAUUCAAUCCAGAAAAAAAUGAGACCACACUACUUAGA